AGUGUACUCAUGAGGCUGGCAAAAUAACGCUCUUUUAAAACUAUAUAUGAAAAGUGAAAUCCUGCGUACCACAAUGUUGCAGACCGGAGCUGAAUUUGUCCUAUCACCUGUUGGCGUUACGAAAAUAGUGUCCCUUCUGUGCAUGAUCGUAGGUGGAAUGAUUUUCAUCACUGCCGGUGACUGUGUAGAGUCCAGGGUUUGGAACGUAACGUAUAUCACCAUUACUACAGCCAGUGCGCUUCUAACGAUGGUUUCGUAUUCAAGUUUCGCCCUGAACUUGGUACGAACGGAUCGUGGUUUAAAGACGCAACAUAUUUCCGUGCUGGCCGUUUCGUAUGCCGUAUUCUUUUUCCUACUGAUCGUAUCGAUCAUUACAAUGACGCAGUGUACUCGUUCAGUGCAUGUGGUGCAAAAAAUACCGGAGCCUCUAACUAUGAUAGCUGCCGUGUUAUUAGCUGCUAGUGGUACGGUUUUAUUUCUUCGUUGGAGAUCAACGAUACAAACGGAAGAACUUCAGUUACACGCGCAUGAGCGAACGGUUUCCGAUAUGCGUACCAAUCCGAGAGAAGCAGCAAGGAAAUCCGUUAUGGUUUAAAAUACACCAUCACAUCUCAUCUCAUCAGCUAAUUAUAGCUUUAUUUUAAUAAAAACAUAAUUGU